ACGGAGAUUCCUGAUUGGCCGGGACUUGUAGUUCCCUUAAGGUAUAAAAACCUCCACCCUGGGUCUUCUUCCUCACCUUCUCUAGGACGUUGUGACCGUCUCUUGCAGUGCCAUGUCGACCCCCCUGGAGAAGGCCUUGGCCACCAUCGUGCUCACGUUCCACAAAUACUCCGGGAAGGAAGGCGACAAGUUCAAGCUCAACAAAGCCGAGCUCAAGGAGCUGCUCACCAAGGAGCUGCCCGUCUUCAACAGCAAACGGAUGGACGCGGCCGAGUUCCAGAAGAUCAUGACCAACCUGGACCACAACCAGGACCACGAGGUGGACUUCCAGGAGUUCUGCUGCUUCCUCUCCUGCGUCUCGAUGGGCUUCGAGGAGUUCUUCCGGGGGUGCCCCAAGCCCCCGCUGCCCCAGAAGUGAGCCUGGACCCCUUGAUCAAUCCAACGCAUUAAAAGCCUCCUUUGAUUGACAUCCA